AUGUGGUUUCAUGCUAAGAUCUCUUGUGAUGAGCUUUGGAUUAAGGAUCGUGGUGUACUGGCAAAGAGAAGUGUUAACUUGAAGGCAAUUCGGAAGGAACUCGAAGGAAUAGUACAGAAGAAAGCUGGAACUAUCUGGUAUCACUUGAGAAGUGUAUGCAUUUCAGAAGGGGCAUUGUUUUUUGACUUAAAGAUGCUUCUUUGUCAUUUGAGUGGUGGAGAUGAGAUCGGAUACGGUGAUUCAUAUAUUCUAUGGAUUUGGAGACUAGGAGGGUUUUCAGAGGCAGAUUAUUCGGAUAUAUUUUUCCCUCAUUUUAUUCACAUCGUAUUUUCCCCCCUAUGCAUCUCCCACUCCACAGAUGCUUCUCACUUCACUCCAUUCCGAGGGUAUGGUUGUAAAUUAAAGAACAUCUUGUGUGGUGCUUAUAAUCAUCCAUUUGCAGCAUCGGACGUUCUACCAAGAAGGGCAAUCGUAAGUGUGGCUACAUCGGCAAGAAAGGAUAAUUUCAAACGAAGCUUGGAGGAGUUCAUUCAAAAUCAGACGAUUGAUGAUCAAGGUAGGCCAAUCCAACCAUCCCAAGAGGAGAUCAUGGACAUGUGGAUUAAGGCAGUCGAUGGCGUGCAUAAGGGGAGAGUCUACGGCCUUGGAUCAGAGUUUAGUCUCGGAUGUCGUACUUCUGGAUUGUCUGUUUCUUAUUCUUUCCCAGAUUGCUCGGUUGAUCUGGAUGAGUUUGAGCAAUUGAAUAGGAAGGUAGAGAAGAUUACGGAGUUGUAUCUUCAAUAAAGGGCUGCAAGGGAAGAAGAGGCAAAGCGAAAGGAGGAAGAAGAUAGGCGAAUAUAGGAAGAAAAAACGUGAAGAGGUUAAUUAUACUCAUACUACACUUGUACACCUUGCGUGCAGAUCUUGGAGCUGAUAUUGUGGUGUAUGGAGAGAGCUGGAAUUGAAGAUGUACUUGUUUGCCGGAUAUGGUUGCCACUUGUCCUUGGUAGCUUUAGAUUUGCAAAACUUAUUUAUGUAUAUUUUGAACAUAUGAUGUACUUAUUACGUUUCAGCUUUGUAAAUUCUAAAUCUUAGAAGAUCAUGAUUUGUACUACCAAUCCUCGGGAUUUUAUAUAGAAGUUCAAUUAUUUUA